AUGGCGAAUUUUAUUUUCAAGAUUAUCAUAAAGAUUUUAGCUGACCGUUUGGGAAGUAUUGCUACUCGGAUUAUUUCACCCAACCAAAGUGCUUUUCUUAGAGGCCGCAUUAUUGCAGACCCCAUUAUAUUGACUUCAGAAUGCAUUAACCUCUUGGAUCAUAAUUGUAAGGGCGGUAACAUUGCAAUUAAGUUUGAUGUGCAAAAGGAAUUUAACACCCUUGAUUGGGAUUUCUUACUUCGGGUUUUGAAGGCUUUUGGUUUUUCAGAUCAUUUUUAUGACUGGAUUAAAGCAAUUUUGGGGUCUGCACACUUAUCAAUUUUAGUUAAUGAGGUUUUAAGUAGAGGUCUCACUAAGCUGGCUAAGGAUGGACUUAUUGAUUUACUGUCAGCUCCUAUUGGUAUUACUCCACCCUCGCAUGUUCUAUUUGUAGAUGAUAUUAUGGUUUUUAUGAGGGGUACCAAGAGAUCUUUGAAGAAUAUAAUGAAAUUUAUGAAGGAAUAUGGCUUGAAUUCAGGGCAAAGAGUCAAUAAAUCUAAAUCGCUUGUGUUCCUUGGGAAAUAUACUCACCGUAGACGCUUUGUUAUCCGAAAUAUUUUGGGUGUCAAGCAGAGAUCUCUUCCAUUCACAUACCUUGGGGUUCCAAUUUUCCAGGGACGUCUCAAGAGUGUGUAUUUUCAAGCCAUUGCAGAUAGAGUGAGAUGCAAGUUGUCAUCUUGGAAAUGUUCUCUGUUGUCGCAAGCGGAUAAUUUGUUGGGUGAGCCUAUUGCUACUAGUGUUGGAGUAAGUGGCUAUAUUCCACUUCAUGCUAAGGUGAAUGAUGUUAUUGUUGAUUCUCAUUGGGUUCUCCCAGCAGAUUUAUUUCUUCAUUCCCUCAAGCAGCGGAAAAAAUUGAGCGUAUUGCUCUGCCUGAUGCAGACACAUCUGACUCUCUUUUAUGGCCGCACUCCUCCUCAAGAAUUCUGA